CUUCAGUUCAUGCCGCAACCACGGAAUCACGACCUCUCAAUGGCCGAUUCCCUGCGCUAAUUGUGAGGAAAUGAUGAGCCCGCGAGGACAGCGAAUAUAGCGAUGCUCACCAUGGCCAAUCUGUCACGGCCUCCUCUGCGCUCUUCUACUGAGCGGCGCGGGAGGCAAGGCAAGUCGCCUGCCACGACCGACGAGAACAGCACCCACACGCAGCACAACAAUACGGCCGUCUCGACGCGCCGGUCGUCGAGAGGCGCGCCGCUGGUCGCCCUUAAUGACGAGCCUGCACCCGCAGCAAUUGUCACGCCGGCUGCGACAUUGGGCAAGGCUGUACCGGCGCCGCUCGCGAGGGCGAACUCGAGGAAGAGGCCAACAGCGGCCUUGAGUGCUGACGCGACAACCACGAUAGCCGACACGAGACCCCCGACCAAAGUCACAGUGACACAACCACAUGGCAAGCUGCUGCAAGUCACCAACGGAGUCCCGACUAAGCUGGGCAUCGGUGAGGAUGAGCAUCCUUCUGGUGUAUCGACCCCCAAGGCGGCAAACGGGAUUGGGGCCGCAGUAGUAGUAGCAGGUCUCACCGUCCCAGUGCAGUCAGCGGCUACACAGACGACGCAGACACAGGACAAGAGGAGCCUACGCAGUCAGGACGGCGGGUCGCGGCUAAAGAGCGACCUAUCCAUCUACUUUUCGAACUAUGACGAUAUCAUUGCGGAUGUGCCUCAGCCCCCAGAGUUCCUCGAUCUCGAAACACCAAUCUACGUUGUCGAUGAGCCUCUCAAGACCACCAAACCCUCUGAGCUAGCCACAUCCACGCCAUCACGCCCUUCUGCCAGUCCCAACCGGUCUCGGAAGUCUCGAGCCCGCACUCCCCAAAAUGUCGUCUAUCCGGCCCCUCUGCAUUCCUCGCAGGCCUCAACCACCUUCCAAGUCCUCGACUACUCCACCAUAGCCCGCCACCUCCGCAGCGAUAAUGAAGAAGACCCUCUCGCUGACCCGGUCUACCUCAUCCAACACCGCCGGGCCGAACGCAAAGAGAAACAGCUUCGCAAUAUUGAAAAAGAGCGUGCCAUGCAUGAAAAAGUGCAGCUCGAGCGGCUACUCGACGGGCUGCAGGGGCCAGACUGGCUCAAAGUAAUGGGCAUAACCGGCGUCACGGACGGUGAGCGGAAAGACUGGGAGCCGAAGCGGGACUACUUCGUCAAAGAAGUCGAGGCAUUGGUGGACAAAUUCCGGAUAUGGAAGGAAGAGGAGAAGCGUCUGCGGGCUGAGAAGGAAGCCGCCCUUGCUGCUCGUGAGGAGGGUGAGGACGACGACGACGAAGACGAAGAUGAAGAUUCUGACGUCGUUAGCCCUAAUGGUGUAGACUCUACUAGGAUUUCAGAGCAGCACCAGCGUGAGAAAGAAGCCCCCCCUCCUAAACCGCGGCGACCUCCCAGACCACAAGGAUUUUUGCUUCUUCUGCCGCCGGAGCCUACGACACCUUUUACAUCCUUCUACGCUAAACCUCACCUGCGGGCAACUGCGCUUGGCAAACAUCGCCAUGGCAGAAAUGCAAGUGCAUUUGGACAGCCGAUACCAGAAUUCGAAGAACAUGAGUUUGAACCCCCAGAAGAGUAUCUUACGCCUGAGGCACUGAGGGAUCAUGCGCGGAAACGGAGACGGCAGAAGAGGGAGAGUGGGGUGCAGAAAACGUAAAGAUGCGUACAACACAACAGAAACGUGAGUUUUGAGGAUUCUACUCUACAUAUCAAGUAUACCCUUUUCUAUACUUUUAGACCUGAGCGUCCAUUCUGGAUGAUCAGCCGGGGUUUGUUGGCUCGGGGCGUUUAUUCGGGUGUUGAUGGUGUUCGUAACGUGCAUUAAGUUCAGGCCCGUCCUCUCUUGAGAUGUGUGCCUGUUGUGGAUUUCAGUCAUGAUGAUAGCGACUGUGGAAGCCCUGUAUAUUAUUUGGUGUUGAAGCAAAAGUGAGGGGACUUCAAGGUUGUAUUAACGCACGUAAUUGGAACGCCAAUGCAUGCCAG